AAAGGGAUUUAGGUUGUAGCCAUAACGUUCCAACUCUUUUACAAUGUUAAACUGAACUUCGCAUAGGGUCAAUAUUGUGGCAAAUACACCACUGGAUUAUGAGACCUCACGUGAUUACCAUGUUUCUCGAAUAUCAUGAUAUCUUUGGUUAGGAAUUACCUUAAACUCCUAGGGAUUGAUAAAAUAUCAGUCUUAUUGAAAGUUGUUCCGUAGGAUGACAUUCCCCAAAGGGUUAUAUAAUUUAUGUUAGUUGUAAUGUGAACUCAAACCUUUUAUAAAUAAUGAAAUGAGAUAUGAGAUACGAUGAAAUAUGCUGAAUUUGAGUCCUUUAUUGGCUAUCGAACUUGCUGUAACAAUGCACAGAGACUAGGGUCCAAUAAACAGCUUUAUCUACUGCCAGCCUAGUUAUCUUGCAAAGACAAAGAUGAAACAGAUGAACUUCCGUUGACCCCGAUGCUUAUAUGUGGCACGGUCUUCUACCAAACAGUUUGAUAUGUGUUUUACAGAUGAGCAGAUCAACCAACACUAAACAGCCAUGCCAACAAGCCCUGCUUAUACCCCUUUAUCUCCUCUAUAAAACAAUAGUGAGGAAGACCUUUGCAUGCAAACACUUCUUUUAAGAAGCUGAACCUUCUUUGAAACUGUCAAUCCUGUGUAGUUUUCCAGACAUGAACUGUCUUAAGAACAUGUGCAUUCUGAUCUUUGUAAUUCUGCUAAUACGCGGCAAUGAGGUUCUGGCCGCACGCCUUCUUGUAGACACAGUGCUGCCGGAGGUUCCUGAGCUUCCAAAGCCAGAAGCACUGCCUCUUCCUACAGUCCCAAACUUGCCUAAACCUGAACUGCCACUACCUAAGGUCGAACUUCCUCCUCUUCCUCACCUCCCAAGUCUACCAAAGCCUGAGUUAACUCCUUUGUCUAAACCCGAGUUUCCGAGUGUGCCCCACGUGGUGAAGCCCGAACUGCCUACUUUGCCAAAGCCGGAGCUGCCAAAAGUGCCCGAAUUGCCAACUCUGCCCCAUCUCACAGAUCUGCCAAAGCCGACAUUGCCUACCAUCCCAAGCUUCCCAAAGGACAUACCCCUUCCUUCUCUCCCCCUACCCCACUCAACUUCUACACCUUAAGUUUCCAUGCUUAGCACUCAAAAUCACAUCAUACUAUACAUCUCGGGUUAUGGCAUCCAUUCGGUCGAUUCGUUUGUGUAACUUUCUUUGUGUUUGUUGAAAUACUUGGGGUUGUCUUGUACUAUUGUUUACCUUAGCAAAAAGAUGUGUAAUAUAUCUUAUGUCUCAAAGUAAUAUACCCAUCUUCAUACUAAA